AUGUUCGUUCAGCAGUUGUGGCAGGAGAAUCUGAAUUGGGACGAUGAGCUUCCGAAUAAGUUACAAUCCUGGUGGCUGUCCUUCCGAGCAUCCAUUGGAGUCAUAAAAAAUCUUCGUGUGCCUAGAUGGGUUCUAGGCUCUCCUUCUGAUUGCUACGAUCUUCAUUGCUUCACGGAUGCUUCUGAGAAGGGAUACGGGUGCUGCAUUUACAUCGUUUCAACUGCCGGUAGUACAAAAGCAAGCCACCUUCUUAUCGCCAAGUCUCGUGUAGCUCCAGCAGGUGGGCUCAGAAUUCCACGUUUGGAACUGUGUGCUGCUGUCCUGGGAAGCCAAUUAGCUGAUAGUGUUCUCAAUUCGACUAAAUUUACUGGAAAGGUGACGUUUUGGACAGAUUCCACCAUUGUCCUUCACUGGAUAACUUCCCCACCUUCUACAUGGAAGUUAUUCGUGUCAUACCGCAUCGCAGAAAUUCAACGGCUUACUAAGAACUUCCAGUGGCGUCACAUCCCUACCACAGACAAUCCAGCAGAUCGAAUAUCUAGAGGAGCAGAGCCCCAGCAGCUACUGCAGGAUAUUCUUUGGUGGAGUGGACCACCUUGCCUGUUACUUUCAGCGGAAGAUUGGCCAGAUUCAAUUUUUGCAUUGUCACCAUCUAUGAUUGAGCAGCAAGUGACCGAACGCAAGUCAACCGUUGCCCUUCAUGUGUAUUCACCUGAUGAUUCACUGAUCCAUGCAUAUUCAGAACUUGCUCCACUGCUGAGGAUUACAGCUUACUGCAAGCGAUUCGCAUCUAACUGUAGAGCUGCCAAACAAGAUCGUAAUUCAGGAAAGAUAACGCUACACGAAUACGAUAAUGCCCUAAAAUCGUUCAUCAGCCUUUCGCAACAAACUGCCUUCAACGUGGAGCUGCAAUACUUGCGUUGUCAAGAUGGAGGCAAACGUUCACUAAGGGAUGCUCAAUUCAAGUCGCCCACCAAGAACCUCGAUUUGAUGUUUGAUUCAAUUGGUCUACGUCGCAUCCAUGGACGUCUUUCGGAGCUACCAGGAUCCUACGAUAGCCGUUUCCCGAUGGUCUUAGAUCGAUCCAUCAUCAAACACUUCAUGCCGGACCUACGCAACUACUCGCGACAAUCAGGCAGCGCUUCUGGCCAGUUCGUGGCAGGGACCUUGCUCGAAGGACAGUCCACCAUUGCGUGA